CGAGUACAGCCAGCCAUGUGCAUAUAUAUAUUUAUAUAGGUUCUCUUCCCCCACAAUAUAAAGUCGGGCGAAGUGCUUCUCAUUCACAGCGUCAUUGCAAGACUCGCAUAACUUGCAAAAGUCGCAUGGGAAUCUGUGGCUCGUGUCCAAUUCCUGAGGCUCCAUCCAUUCCACCGCUAGUUUCGGCAUUCCGACCGCAAGUCAAUGCGCGGCCCCUGGGCGAUGCGGUAGGGAAUGCACGAAUCGUCAUGCAAACUGUGUGUAAAGCACGAAUAGGUCUGCAAUGACUUCGUCUCCAGCAACACCCAAGCCAUUCUCAUUCAAGCCAGGCUCAGGUAGUGCACCUUCAUCUCCCCUGGCGCGAUCCUCACCAUCCAGAAAAGUUAGUGGUGUCGGCAAGGACACGAAAGCAGCCCAAGAGCCUGGCUUGCUCGGUCGUCAUGAGGAGACUACAUUUCAUCGACAACUGAGAUCAUUGCUCUUGGACCACAAGAAGGCGCGAUCUGCUUGGGAAGAGCAGGUCACGUACGAAGGCCUUGAAGCCGUAGCGGCAUAUACUCAAGCCGACGAGGAUACUGAUCGCUUGGAUGCUGCCCUCGGGACCGUUGAGAAAGGCUCUGCUCAUCCGGAAGAAGAAGGCCUAUCUUUUCGGAAAACCCAACUCUCGAAGCAGCAGCAACUCGCAUCAGUACUCUUUGAUCGCGAAGGAGCUCUGUCCGAUCUGCGUAACACAGUGAAAUCUCUGAAUACCAUCCUCUCACGAAUGACUACAAUCCAAGCUCAAUGCCAUGCUCUACUGUUGGACGCAAGCUCCGCAAAAGGCCUCGAGUUCGCAUUCGAGGCCGCAAUGUGGGGAACAUGGACCAUGGGCAUGCUUUGUGAAAGCGUCAGCAAUUUGACCUCGCAAUAUGUCAUGAGCACAGCUCAUCUCGAGAUGCUCGUCGAAGCUCUUUUAUCAAAUUCAAAGCGCACGCCGGAAGGUCUGACGGGCACAGAACUAACCAAGAUGAGCCCGAGGGAAAAGGAGGCAUUGAAAGUACGCAAGCGGGAACGCCUGACAGAGGCUUGGGCGAUGCUACCCUUUCUGGAGAAGAGUGGGCCUGGAAGCGAGAGAUACUUUGAAGAUAUCUGCGCAGUUGAGAUUGGGAGAUGGGAGAGUGAAGGGCGAUAGCUUGCAAUUGCAGGGAGCACGUCAUAAAUGGAAUGAGACUGUAUUUUUAUCACAUCCCGUUGCAAGAAUAGAUAGAUGUGCAACGUGGGACCUCAAACGUAAUUCAUUCGCCUUGCGGUUAUGAAUGUGCGCACGCUCACGCGAUCCUCUUGCCUUGCACCUUUAUUUUUGCGAGAGUAUGGCCGACAACACUGGUUCAACCAAUCAAGCACGAGCUGAAAGCAUUCUGA